AUGCCGGGCGAGCCCUUUUUCCUGAUAGCGGGGCCGAACGUGAUCGAAUCGGAGCAGCACACGCUCCACAUGGCACGGGCUAUCAAGGAGGUCGCUGACAGCCUGGGUCUGAGGUUCGUUUUCAAGGCCAGCUUUGACAAGGCCAAUCGCACAUCAGUGGAUGCGUUCAGAGGGCCAGGCAUGGAGCAGGGGCUUAAGAUCCUGGAGCAAGUGAGACAGCAGGUGCACGUGCCAGUGCUCACUGAUGUACAUGAAACGAACCAGUGCGAGCCAGUGGCCAGGGUGGUGGACGUCAUUCAGAUCCCGGCUUUCCUCUGCCGACAGACGGAUCUGCUGACAGCCGCAGCUCUCACAGGCCGACCCAUCCACAUAAAAAAGGGGCAGAUGUGCAGCGUUAAGGUGGUGGUGGCAGCAGCAGAGAAGGUGAGGGCAGCAGGCAAUUCCCAUGAGUGUUUGGACACACACUCAUGGAUGCAUCUAACUAACAUUCAUUCCUUCCAUCCACUUCAAUACAAGGCAUCCAUCCAACCGUCCCCCACACCACACACACAUCAGGUGGUGGUGGCAGCAGCAGAGAAGGUGAGGGCGGCGGGCAAUCCCCAUGUGAUGGUGUGUGAGCGGGGCACCAUGUUCGGAUACGGAGAUCUGAUCCUGGAUCCGCGCAAUCUGGUCCAGAUGCGGGCGGCAAACUGCCCUGUGGUUGCUGACGUCACCCACUCCCUGCAGCAACCGGCUCAGCGGCAGCUGCCAGGAGGAGGCCUGGCGAGUGCAGGGCAGAGGCAUCUCAUCCCGGCUGUGGCGCGGGCAUGUGUGGCGGUGGGCGUGGACGGCGUAUUCAUGGAGGUUCACGACAAUCCCGAGGCUGCUCCUGUGGAUGGCCCGACCCAGUGGGUGAGUGAGGGAGGGUGA